UGGCUGCUUCAAGAAUCUUGGGGCCGUUGUUGCAACGGAGCGUCGCAGACUAUUUCGAUGUGUCCAGUCAGUCCGUGGACAUUUUCUCCGGUGAGCUGCACCUUUCUGCGGUGGCACUGCGUCCCCGCGUCGUUGCACGUCGCCUACGCGUCUCUGGCCGCGCGGGGCGGGUGGUCGCCAGCUGGUCCUGGCGUAGGCUGUUGACGGAAGCCCUGCAGGUGGAGGUGAACGAUUUGAAGAUCCAGCUGGACAUUGAGGACUGCUCUUCUGCAUCGGAAAGCUCUUCCGGAACAGCUUCGGUGACUGCCCCAUCGGAAAGAAACUAUGUGGAGAGGCUGAAACGGAAAAUCAUGGAUCAGUUGGAGCUUCGCAUCACCGGUGCCCACAUUCGUCUGGAGGGCUGCCAGGGCAACCAGCUGAAAGCCACUGCAGGUCUGAUCUUCGACAGCUUCAGCAUUCACCCAGCGGUUUCGGAGGGUGGUUUGCGGCAAAGGGUGGAGAUGACGCUGAGUGCUUAUGCCUAUUAUGCAGAUCCAGAGGUUCAGCUGGCGGAUGUGCCACCUGAGGCCUUUGUGGUGUCGAAUGCCUCCCCCAGCUGCUGGGCUACACGAAUUUCCGGUCGACGCUUUGUGGAUUGGAAGGGGUUGCAGCUGCAGUUGGAAGGUCAACACAUGCAGGUGCAGUGGAGAAGGGAACAGCUCCGCUGCUGCCUGCAGUUGGCUCAGCAAGCGAAAGGUGAGCGAAUCAAAAGUGAUGACUUUGCAGAUGCGAGGGAAGAGGAUGAGUUCUUGGAGUGUGAGGAUGUGGCAGUUCAGAGCUGGUCCAGGUGGUUGAGGGACAAAUGGCGUGGCCCGCCCAACAGCGAGUUGGGGGAGGAGUUGCCUGAGGGAGUUUCGGAAAGCGACAGGGCCAUUCUGCUUGAAGAUGGAGCUGGAAAUGGACUGGCAGGGGCGGACGCAGCCAGGGAGAAACUUGAAGUUUCGUUGAUGCUUCCCAAGGUCACCUUGCUUGCCAUGGACAGUUCGUUGCAAUUUUCUGCGGGUUUCAUGCUGCAGCUGGAUAUUGUUGAGCUGGAUGAUUGGAAUUUCCAUGGCGAACUCUUAGAGUUCGGUGUCCUGGAAUUGUCAAAAUCUGCAGAUCAGCUUUCAGUGGUCAGAUUUGAGGGUGCCGAUGUGCCAGCCACCCUCACUAUCACUAGGAGGGAGGCCAAGGGAGAGCUGAAACUGUGCCUUGACCGCCUGCGGUUACAUCUUCGCCCUGCCCUGCAGCGGGGUGUCGCCUGGCUGACGACGCUGCGACCGCAAGACGUGGCGGACGUGGCGGACCCUGCGGUGCUGUGGCGGAUGGAGCUGGAGAUGCUGCAGCUAGCCGUGGUGGUAGGUGGAGAACCAUGGCAUUAUGGUCCAGUGGUGUUGGAAAGUACCGGCAUCAAGGGAUCUUGGGAGGAAGCCGUUGGAACGCUGCAGCAGGUGGUGACUUUGAAGUUAGACGCCAAGGAGGACAUUCUGCAGCCCACAGCACUCACAGCCACCUGUGGAGCAUCGCUGCCGCUGAAGUUGCGCGCGGAACCGCGCAUGGAAUGCCACUGCGACGUCGAGGACUUGGUGUCCAUGGUGCGCAGUGCCAAGUGCCUAAUCAACUACUUCUCGGCCCACCUGGAAUCGACAGAUGUUAGUGGGUGGAGAGGUGCUUUGGAAUUUGAAUGUCCAGAGCUGGAGCUGAAAGUGAGAGACCUGGAAGUGGGCUUUCAGAAAGAGGUCCGAGUCACCACCCUGAAAGCCAGCUAUGAUGGAUUCUCGGAGCUAAACAGCUGGAGUGCUUCCUGCGAGCAUUGCGACAUGCAGGUUCAGCUUUUGGAAGGUGUGGCCUCAGUGGAAGUCUCGCUUCUCCGAGCCUCCGGACAGGGCGGGACCCGAAUGGAUGGCUCCCUGCAGUCACUACGUUGCCAGGAUCCGAGCCAUGAGGAACCUGCCCUCAGCUGUGAUGCUGCUAGUGGGUCAGUGGAACUGGCUGAGAAGUGCCAUGUGACUUUGAGAUGUCCAAAGAUGGAGGUGAAUACUACUGAAAGUUUCUUGCUGCGAUGUAAGAUUGCUGUUGACUACAUCUUAGACUUUUUGGAAACGUUGGUUUUCAUCGAGCCCGUUUUGCUGGAAGAGAGGCCUUUUGGAUUUUGCGCUCAGGACACCAAGAUCGUUGACAGCUCCGAAGAUGCUGUACGCCUGGGUCUCCGUUGCGGCUGGCGCCUGUGUGGCCUGCAGCCGCCUGCGGAGGCGCUGCUACUGGAACUGCAGCAGCGGCAGGUGCCGCUGACGCUGCUGCUGAUGCCGGAGGAAGAGGUCCGCGUCUUCCACAUGACGGUUGACGCCAUCAGCUUGAGAGCCACUCAAAUCUCAUUGGAACGCGGGGGUUUGCAGGCAAAAAUUGCCGAAGCCGACCUGCACUUUGACCCCUUGCUGCUGGACUGUCAGGGAACCUGGGCUGAGUUGCUGGAACGCCUCAAAGCAAACUACACCCGAAAGAUCACCCAGGCGUUGCCAAAGCUCUUUUGCAACGUAUUCCUGGCGGGAAGGAACUUGCGCGACGCGGCCUUCUGCAGCGCCUCGUCCUCCCUGGCCAUGCUCCGUUUCGGCGGCGUGGCCACGGGGGCCGUGGCAAGCAGCGUGGCAGAGGGUGUGGCGCAGGCGUUUAAGGCCUCGGUGCAGAAGGGGCAGGAGCUACGACGAGGCUCUGAUGAGGAAGCUUCUGACGGCUACCGCUUUGGCGAUCUGACUCGUGGCUUGCUGAGCCUUGCCCGUGAGCGGGGCCAGCGCGUCAUGGGGACCUACGACGACCGCGGCGGUGGCGGCACUGGGAGCGACGUGACGGCGGUGGCGGCGGGCUCUGUGGCAGGUGCUGCCUCCUUCGCAUACGAGAGCGCGGUCGUCUCCUCCACGCUGGGUGCCACCAUCGGUGGCACCAUGCUGGCGCCUUUGGGGCCAGCAGGUGUAGGCACUGGCAUGGCAGCAGGCAGCACGGCUGCGCGCCGCGUGUCGGAGCGCAUGGGGCAAGCGACGCUGGCGCUGCGGGAGGUGAUCAGCAACACGGUGGAGGAGGGCAAGGAGUCUCGCUCCGACCCUUCGGGCGCCUAUCGCUUCGGCGACUUCACCCGCGGCGUGCUGCGCGCCGGCCGUGAGCAGCGCGAGGCGUCCGGGACGUCCGGGGCGCCCGGGGGUGCGGCCAGUUCCGGUGGCGAGGCUGAUGGCACUGCAGCGAACACGAGCUACCGGCCUGGGGAUUUUACCCGUGGACUCUGGAGCAAGCUGCGCAAAUGAAGAAAAGGGAAAGUCUUGAGGUGAUGGUGGAGGGAAAUGAUGAGUUGAGCGUAAUUAAUGAAACAGACUUGAAGGUGAUUAAGGAAAACA